AUGAGUUUUUUUUUUGUAAGAGUUUUAGUUAGCGCACUUGAAUGCUACUCUUGCUCUGAGGAUGUCUGCAAAAAAGAUAUGAAAGAUUGGCAAAAAACUACCUGCGGUAAACCUGCGGACCAAAAUCAAGAAUCCGUUUGCCAAAAAACAACAUAUAAAGGCAAAGAUGGCAAAGAACACUUGGAUAGAAGAUGUUCUACCGCUCCCAAGAACGGAGAAGCGCAGUGCCCCUCAUCUAUAAAUAAAAGUGAAGUAACUGACCUAAAAUGCCCAUCCUGCAAAACUGAUCUUUGCAACUCAGCUACCAACAUCAAUUUAAGUUUAACAGCACUAGCUGCAGUAGUCUUUGCCACCUUAAAAGUGCUGUUAGAUCAAGGAAUAUCGUAUUUAGGAUUAGAAUAUUAA